AUGAAUGAUGAGCCGAGGGCCACCCUCUCAUGUGCUGUUCGCCUCAGUUCCUUCCUUUUUGACUCCCGACUGGUGGAGUUCCUCCACCUGAUGCCACUGGGAGCCUUCAAUGUGGAUGUGGCCUGGCCCUGGGUCACAGCACUUAAACCAGGUGCACCUUCUGUGCUCAGCUCCUUUCUGCAUCACGACCCCAGCACCAACCAGACCUGCCUCCUGGUCACCAGGCACAGCACCAAGAAGACUUCAGCACCCCUGCAUCGAUGUGCCAUAUCCAUCAUUCCAGAUGAAAUUGCUUGCCACCCAGUAGAAAAUAUCUCUAUGCCAAAGGGCAGUUACAAAGGAGUGACAGUGGUCCGGAACCACCAUGGUAUUUUGGUAUGCAUUCAGGUACAGGCCCGGCAGCCCAGCAGCCUUAACUCUGAACUCACAGGUGCCUGCAGCCUAUUGAGUCCCAGCUUGGACCUCCAAGCCCACGCCUACUUCUCUGACCUUGAAAGACUCCUGGAUCCAGACCUCCAUGUGGAACUUGGUGGCUACUCCAGAAGCAAAGGAGGCAGCUCAGGGGAGAAUAAGAAACCAGCCAGAGGACCCCGGGCAGCUGAGGAGGAAGAGGAUGAAGAAGAGGAAUGCAGCUUUGCCCUGGUGCAGUACGGUUAUGUGAUCCAGACUGAGUUUGAUCUUCGAGACAGCCAGGACGUUAUGGCCUCCCUUGCCAGAGUCCAGAGCAUUGUUCAAGUGAAGAAUGUCACUAAGACUGCCUCAGCCAUGCAGCAUGUCUUAGACAACAUCUUCACUCCAAGCCGUGGCUCCAGAAAGAAAGCAUCAAAGGUCAUGGUGGUGCUUACUGAUGGUGACAUAUUUGGGGACCCUCUCAACCUUACGACUGUCAUCAACUCCCCAAAGAUGCAGGGUAUUGAGCGCUUUGCCAUUGGGGUGGGCGAUGCAUUCAAGAAGGCUAAGACUGACAGAGAACUGAAGCUGAUUGCCUCCGACCCCAAGGAGACCCACACCUUCAAGGUGACCAACUACAUGGCUCUGGAUGGGCUGUUGAGCAAGCUGCAACAAAGCAUCAUCCACAUGGAAGGCACAGUUGGAGAUGCCCUUCAAUAUCAACUUGCACAGACUGGCUUCAGCGCCCAGAUCCUGGACAAGGGACAGGUGUUGCUUGGCACUGUGGGAGCCUUUAACUGGUCGGGUGGAGCACUGCUCUAUGACACACGGAGUGGUAAAGGCAGCUUCCUAAACCAGACAGCCGAGGACUCCGGGGCUGCACAGUACAGCUAUCUCGGUUAUUCAGUGGCAGUGCUGCACAUGGUCUUCGGCUUCUCCUACGUGGCAGGAGCUCCAAGGCACAAGAUCCGUGGGGCUGUGUUUCAGCUCCAGAAGGAGGACAGAAAGGCCACCUUUGUGCGUCGACUGGAGGGAGAGCAGAUGGGGUCCUACUUUGGCUCUGAGCUGUGCUCUGUGGAUAUUGACAUGGAUGGAACUACGGAUUUUUUGCUGGUGGCCGCUCCAUUUUACCACAUUCGUGGAGAAGAAGGCAGAGUCUAUGUGUACCGUGUGCAUGAGCAGGAUGCUUCCUUCUCCUUGGCACGCACACUGAGUGGGCAUCCUGGGCUCACCAACAGUCGAUUUGGCUUUGCCAUGGCAGCAGUGGGGGAUAUCAAUCAAGAUAAAUUCACAGAUGUGGCCAUUGGGGCCCCUCUGGAGGGCUUUGAGGCAGGCGAUGGGACCAGCUAUGGCAGUGUGUACAUCUACAAUGGACAUUCAGAUGGCCUCCGUGCCAGUCCUUCCCAGGUGACUCUACAGGUGGGCUCUCGGGACCGGGCAGCUGUGCUCCGCUCACAACCUGUAGUUGACCUGGCCGUGUCUAUGACAUUUAUCCCCGCUGCACUGCCCAUGUUCUUCAAGGACAACGUGGAUGUAGAACUGUGUUUCGAAGUUGCCUCCUCAACUACAGCCUCUAAUCCAGGCCUUAGAGAGAUGUCACUCCACUUCACCGUGGAUGUGGAUGUGACCAAGCAGAGGAAGAGGCUGCAGUGUACAAAUACAACCAAUUGUCAGAGCUACCUGAGGAAUUGGAAUGGGGAGUCCUCUCAGUGUGAGCAACUCUCGUUCAUCCCCAUGGAGGAGAAGCUGUGUGAUGGGGACUGCUUUUCCAACAUUACCAUCAAGGUCAGCUACGAGUUCCAGACACUUGGAGGAAAGGGGGACCACCCCAACCCCAUCCUGGACCACUACAAGGACCCCUCUGCUGUCUUCCAGCUGCCCUAUGAGAAGGACUGCAAGAACAAAGUGUUCUGCAUUGCUGAGGUCCAGCUGACCACCGCCAUCUCUCAGCAGGAACUGGUGGUGGGUGUCACAAAGGAGCUGAGCAAGAACAUCAGCCUGACUAACUCCGGGGAAGAUUCCUACAUGACAAACAUGGCUCUGAAUUAUCCCAGAAACUUACAGUUUAAGAGGAUACAAAAGCCACUCUCUCCAGACAUUCAGUGUGAUGAACCCAAGCCAGUUGCUUCUGUCCUGGUCGUCAACUGCAAGAUUGGUCACCCCAUACUCAAGAGAUCAUCUGCAAAUGUCUCAGUGAUUUGGCAGCUAGAGGAGAGGGUCUUUCCAAAUAGGACAGCGGACAUCACUGUGACCAUCUCUAAUUCCAAUGAGAAGUCUUUGGCCAGAGAGACCCACAGCCUUCAAUUCAGGCAUGCCUUCUUUGCGGCUCUUUCUAGACCGUCAGUGAUGUACAUGAACACAAGCCAGAGCCCUUCUGACCACAAAGAAUUUCUCUUCAACGUGCAUGGGGAAAAUCUCUUCGGAGCUGUAUUCCAGUUGCAAAUUUGCAUCCCAAUCAAAUUACAAACUUUCCAGAUUAUAAGAGUGAAGCAUCUGACAAAGACUCAGCCCAAUGAAGCCUUCCGUGCGGUUGUACACCUCAUCAGACAAGAGGCUCAGCUCUUUGGAGAUGAUGAUCUCUGCUCAAACUGCUCGCCCUGGGGCCUUAGAUGCUCUGUCCUAGACAUGCAGAUUUUUCAGCCUGAUGUGCUAGAACGGAGUGAGCAAACUCACCUUUUGCUUUUGCAGCACGUACAAGAGUGGCAUUCAGUGAUCUGUGAUAUCACGUCUAAUAAAGAAAAUGUAACCGUGGCUGCGGAGAUCUCCCUGGGCCACACUAAGCAGCUACUCAGAGAUGUGACUGAGCUGCAGAUCCUCGGUGAAAUAUCUUUCAACAAAUCUCUGUAUGAGGGGCUGAGUGCAGAGAACCACAGAACGCAGAUCACUGUCAUCUUCCUGAGAGAUGAGGAGCCCAACUCUUUGCCUCUCAUCAUUGGCAGCAGUAUUGGAGGCCUCCUGCUCUUGGUUGUGAUUAUAGCCAUUCUAUUCAAGUGUGGCUUUUUCAAAAGGAAGUAUCAACAGCUGAACUUGGAGAGUAUAAGGAGGACCCAGCUGAAGGCUGACAGUCUGCUGGUGGAAGAUUAGAGCCUACUUCAGUUCCGGAACCUGGACACUCAGUGUCUGCCACAUAGUCUCCUUAGGAUGGCCUAGGAACAUCGAACAGACCAUGGAGUGCUGUUCACAGACACACAUUGUCCCCAUAGUGUUUGUGCAUUGUGCAAAAGGGAGACUUGGACACAUUUUCUCUUAAAUAAAUUUACCUUUACAGCAA